ACUUUUGUAAACAAACGAAGGACGAGAGGGCGAACAUUCAAUUCGAGUGAAGAGUUUCUCAUCAAUUUACCAUUUUAGUGCAUUCCUCGGCAUAUCUUUUCGUGGCGACGUAAGAUCUCCAUUUGUGUCAUCGUGAAAUCUUUACUCAGUUAACUAUGGUGGCCACCGCUGUCUACAUCGUCGUUCCUACUGUGAUCGCCAUUUUAUACUCCAUACGCAAAUACCGGGUAUCGAAAUGGGGUGUUUGCACGGUCAACAAAUCCCUUCAAGGCAAAGUAUUCAUCGUUACUGGGGCAAACUCUGGUAUCGGUAAGGAGACUGUGAAGGGUCUAAUCAAGCGUAAAGCCCGAGUCAUCAUGGCUUGUCGGAACAUGAACUACGCCAAAGCUGUCGUUGAGGAAAUUCGACGCUCAGUGACCACAGGCGAACUGAUCCCCAUGCAUCUUGACCUAGCAUCUUUCUCAUCAGUCAGAAGUUUUGCUGAGGAGGUUAAAUCCACUUUUCCCCAAGUCCAUGUUUUGAUCAACAAUGCUGGAGUUUACACCAAUGAGAUUCAAAGAACUGAAGAUGGUUUUGAAUCGCAGCUUCAAAUAAAUCAUCUUGGACAUUUUCUCUUGACCAAUCUGCUGCUUGAUCAACUCAAAAAAUCAGCACCCAGUCGGGUAGUGAUUGUCACAUCAACUCUGCAUGAAACAGGAGUCAUCGAUUUUGAAAACCUUAAUGCUGAGAAAGGAUGGCCAAAAAAUAAUACAAGGGCUGGCUAUAAAAACUCAAAGCUGGCUAACAUGUACUUUUGCCAGGAGUUAACAAAAAGGUCGGUCGGAACAGAUAUCUCUGUCUUUGCAGUGUGCCCAGGACUUUGCUACACAAAUCUUUUCAAGAACAUGAAAUGGUACCACUACAUUUUUGCUCUACCCGUAGCUUUCCUGUAUCUUCGAUCUGCUGAACAGGGAUGUCAAACUGUACUGCACUGUGCCAUCUCAGAAGAUCCGAAUCUUGAAUCUGGUUUAAUGUAUCGAGACUGUGAAGUGUACAAAUCUCGACAUCAGUUCUCUCCAGAAAUUGCGGAAAAAUUGUGGGAAUAUUCAGCAAAAGCUGUUUCGCUUUAAGCUCUUGCUAUUUCAGCUUUCCUAAACUGCACUGUCUUUUGUCAUUUCGUUUGUCCCUUCAUUGUCUUCUGAUGAUUCAUCUUGUGAGGUUUAAAAUACUACUGGCCUCAUUUUUAAGGAAACUUCCUCCAAGUUUACUCUAAAUGAAGAAUGCUUCUAACCAGAGGCUGCGUAAAUGUUGACAAAGCUUAUUUUGAAAUGUCAUGAUUCUAUUGUGGCCUUUAAAGUUUCCAAAGUUUUUCUAUUUAAGUCCAUCCCUCUUUUAUGGAAUCAAUCUUAAUUACACUUGAAAAUUAUCAUUGAUGUAAACUAGUACCAAGCUCUAUGUAAAUAUCUGCCCGUGGUUUUUUUGUAAUAACUUGAUGAUUUUAAACAAACAUGACUUAUCAGCCACUAUUAAAGGGGACAUCAACCUAUAAAACAAAUUGAACCACUUUGAAAGCUUUAAGAAUGCAACAAGAUUAUUUUUAAUGAAAGCUCUUGGAGACAGCUCCACAGAAGCCAAAAUGUAAUACUAAAUGAUUCAGCAUUAUCAUUAUUUGAUUUAUGAUGUUUUUUACAACCUCUAAAAUUGAAUGAUCCCUGAAAAACAUAUUUUUCUAAUGCCACUGUAAAGGAAAGCAGAUCUAAAAGCGAAUUUUUGGUAUUUUUGCACAUGUUUGCUCAUGAAUGUGUGGGGCAGCCAUUAGGGAGCAUUUGAUAUGACGGACAUUGUGCUGCACACUGUUAUCAUGAGGAGGAAUUCGAUUUCUUUAAUCUAUCUCGUUUCCUUGGCUGGCAAGGAAACGAGAGCUCUCCCAAAGUAACACAGUUAGUGUUACAUCAUUUCUAUUAAAUACUGUGAGUAAAAUUGCAGAAAAAUUCUCUUAUUAGCCUGGUUUUUCUUCAAAAUGACACGCAAUAAGUUCAAUUUUUCAACCUUCCUUUAGGAGGUUGUAAAGAACAUCACAUCAAAUAAUAAAAAUGUAUCCUGUGCUUUACCCUUGGGUUUUAUAUACAGGGCUCUUUACCACCAUUUUCUGUUUUUUGGAACUUCAUAAUUGGCAUUGCUAAAUUUUCCAGAAUUGUAUUUUAUGUGCGUACCUACAAUCAAGUGCUGAUACUUAUCCACCCCUCGAGUACUGCUGUUCUGUGAUGAAAAUAUGUUGAAAUGUAUUCAGAGAAAUUUUGCAACUGCCGUUACAAAAAUUAAAAUGUCAGCACCAUGGGUUUGUCUACAGAUAAAGAGAUUUCAAUUGAAAAAUUCUAAGUUCUUUGGUUAGGCACUCUUUGAAACGGAAGGUGAAGCAAAACUCGGUACCUUAAUGAUAAUACUAUCGACUCUGAUUAUCUUAUGUUGUCACAUGCUCGCCCACCCCUCUGCAAAAAUACCUCUGGUUUGACUGGGAAUGCUCAUGAAAGAGUUUUUACUUUUGCCAUUUGGACGUAUUUAUGCUAAAAGGAACUACCUAUGUUGCGUGCAAACUCUAUGCUUAUAGUUCCUCUUAGCAUAAAUACGUCCAUUUCUUAUUCUUUGUUGAUCAGGACAUGGCACCAACACCAAUUUUUGAGUUGAUUUCUCCUUUAAUAAUUAUGUAUACUUACUUAAUUUUAAAAUAAAAAUAGUCAUGGCUACUUCAUAAAAUCAGAGUAAAAAGUAACUAAAGAACGAAAUGUGUUAAUCUUUGUUAUCAUUUUUCACUCAUUUGUCAAGAAUGCAUUAAUGUGAUCUGGAUCUCUUAUUUCAUGAAGAUGCUAUAAUUAGUUCAGUGCCUCGUAGUUUUUUAUCUCAGAUCUGCAGAUAGAGUUUAAAGAAACUAUCCCAAUUUUAUAUUAUCUUAGGUGCCAUUGGAUUUUCUACAAGUUAGUUGUUCUUUUCAAUCCCAUGAAUCAAACAAGGAAGGCUGAGAAUUUUUAGUUCAAGAUCAUAAAAUUUUAAAAUUAAAAAGAAUAAGUACGUAAAAAAAGUUGUCUCAUAAAAUGAAGAGGGAAUUUAACUGUCACUCAUAUAUUGACAAAGUUAAAAAUUUGGAUUUUUUAAAGAUAAUUCAAGCUCCAAUCUGAGUUAUUAGUAUAUUGAUUUUAAGAGAUUUCUGUCCUGAGUAAAUUAAUCUUGUAUCAGUAAAGAUCCCCUCAUUCGUAAGAACUAGGUGAAUCACUUUCCCAAUUCAUCAGUUUUGUAGAUGCAUUUGCCACAAAUGAGAAUUUACAAAUUGUUUUUUCUUCUUCAGAAUAAUUAAAGUCUCAUUUAGAAAUCAAAACACUGAAACUACUGAGCAUUGAUAUUCUUACCCUCCCCCAGGAGGCAUUGUAUCAUGAUAGUGUUGACUAAGCUGUAAAGACAUGAAGAAGCCAGUAAACUUACUCCUUGCUAUGAAGCACAGUUACUUUUAGCUUAUUUUUUAGGUCUUGUAAUAGAGUUUUUUCUUUAGCUGAAAAGUGUUAACUAGUCAAGUCAAAAUAGUAUAGCAGGCCCACUCAUUAGUUCCCAAAAUACAUCAUUUUAUAGAGUCGUUUUCGUCCCUUCUUUGGAUGUUGUUUAUCUAAGUACAUUUUGAAUGUUCUGUAUUUUCUCUCUCCACCGAGUUAUUUCUGCAAAGAAGGAUUUAGUGCUUCUGUACGCCAUGUAGGUAUGUGAGGAUUCAAUGCACCCUGUAGACAACCUUAAGUCUGGUUCAAAGUCAAUCAAUUUAAUUCAGUCUAUUAGUGUAUUCAUUUCUUUUCGAUUUUCGAAUGUAGAUUUUUUGACAGAGAAGCAUGGGUAUAGGUAAAAUUUUCUGUUGAUAUUCCUCUGGAAAUAUCUUCUCUCAUUGAUCAGUGGAAGCCAAAUGGUAAACAUCUGUCACUGUAAUCAGAUCUAAAACAAGGAUAAGAUAAGCUUUGAAUUUGAUCUCGUAGGAAUGAGUGUAACAGAUUUAUUGAGUUUAUAACCAGAGAGCCUGUCAAUGGUAGUAGUCAUUGAUAACCUAACUUUAAAUGACAUCACACCCAGUAGAAAUCCUCAUAAAGUAGUAAGCAAAUUUAGGUGAAAUCAUACGUAAGUGAAGAAAUAAAAUUCAAGGCAUCUAAUACCAUCAAGUGUAUCCUAUAACAAAUAAUUAAAUUGCUUUCAACUAUUAAAAUUAAUGCGUCUUGUAUACUGAAGUAUGGUUUCUGAAAAGAGAUUUUGUGAUGAAAGCGGUACCUAAUGUGCACUAUUUGUGUGAUUUGUUAUUUUAUUGUGAACUGGAAAAGCCAAUACGUAAGUAAGUAGGGUCCAUCUUGUCUUUUAAAGAGCUACUCUUGUCCCACAGUUUUAUAUUAUAAUUUCUUUGUUGUGAAUUAUUCAAUUUAAGUUCUAGAUCAAUAAAUUUGUGAAAACUUUUCUGAAA